ACUACUCACUAGGUUAACCACCUUUAACAGCUUCAACAUUUUCUGCUUCCUUCGUCCCCUUCCCUGAAUCAUCUUAAACCUCCCAAAAACCCUCCAAAAAACCUAUCACUUAAAACUCCUUCCUUUUAUAAUUUUUUUUGUUUAGAUUUUAACAGUUCAGAAGAUGAAAAACCUGAAACUAUAUUCGGAAUUGACUCUGAAUCUGGAGUUACAAUCAAAACAAGAGACUCUGCUUUUUUCCGCUAUCGAUAUCGAGCGUAAUCGCUUAUUUUUCGCUUCUUCCGCUAAUUUCAUAUACACGACUCAGCUAUCUUAUUUUCAUAAUGAAAAUGCAUGGAGAAAGACCUCACUACGUGCGGAGGUUCAUCCAAUUGGUUUGGAGGACGGGGACUUCAUUACUUCGUUUGAUUAUCUUCUGGAGAAGGAGGCACUUAUAGUGGGUACCAGUAAUGGGGCUCUGUUGCUUUAUAAUGUGGAGGAUAAUGCUGUGGAAGUUGUCGGUCAAGUUGAAGGUGGUGUCAAGUGUAUUGCUCCUAGUCCAGAUGGUGACCUGCUUGGGAUUGUUACCGGGCUCGGGCAGUUACUGGUGAUGACUCAUGAUUGGGAUUUAUUGUAUGAAAAUGCUACUGAGGAUCAUCUUGAUGGGGUUGACGUACGUGAACCUACUUUUUCUUCCCCUAAUAUGUCAAAGAGUUCUAUAUCCUGGCGAGGUGAUGGGAAAUACUUGGCAACACUGACUGACCUGUGCAACUCUUCUUCCUUGCAUAAGAGGCUCAAGGUUUGGGAUCGAGAAUCCGGUGAAUUGCUUGCUGCUUCAGAUUCGGAGGCAUUCAUGGGAGCAGUUUUGGAAUGGAUGCCGAGUGGAGCAAAAAUUGCAGCUUUAUAUGACAGAAGAGCUGAGAAUAAGUGUCCAGAUAUAGUAUUCUUUGAGAGAAAUGGAUUAUUUAGAAGCUCUUUUAGCAUCAAUGCCCCAGUGGAUGCAACAGUAGAUUUGCUCAAGUGGAAUUGUAGUUCAGAUCUUCUUGCAUCUGUUGUUAGAUGUGAUAAAUAUGACUCUAUUAAGGUUUGGUUUUUCAGCAACAACCAUUGGUACUUAAAACAUGAAAUUAGAUUCCCAAGGCAGAAUGGAGUUAUGUUCAUGUGGGAUCCAAUAAAGCCACUGGAGUUGAUUUGUUGGACUCAUGAGGGGCAGAUUACAGUUUACAACUUCAUGUGGAUUACUGCUGUCAUGGAAAACUCAAUUGCAUUGGUUAUUGAUGAUUCUAAGGUACUUUUAACGCCACUUUUUUUGUCCCUAAUGCCACCUCCUCUGCAUUUAUUCAGCCUGCAAUUUCCAAGCGCUGUGAGGGACAUAGCUUUAUAUUUCAAAAAUUCUAAGAACUCUGUGGCAGCAUUUCUAUCAGAUGGUGGUUUAUCCAUUGUAGAACUUCCUGAAUCUGAUACGUGGGAAGAACUAGAAGGCAAAGAAAUUUGUGUUGAAGCUUGUAUUUCUGAAACUGUUUUUGGAACACUUGCACAUCUUACAUGGCUUGAUUCACAUGUACUUCUGGCUGUUUCUCACAAUGGUUUCACUCAUAGUAAUUGCAUCUCCCAGAGGUCAUUGGGUGAAGAUGGGUUUCAUGGCUUUCAUCUGCAGGAAAUUGAAAUUGCGUGUUCAGAGGAUCAUGUUCCAGGUCUGGUAACGAGUUCAGGUUGGCAUGUCAAGGUUUCCCGUAAUAAAUAUUUGGAAGGAAUUGUAAUUGGGAUUGCUCCCAAUCCUGCUAAAAAAUGCUCAGCUUUGGUUCAGUUUGAUGGUGGAAAAAUCUAUGAAUAUACAUCAACACUUGGCUUAGCUAUUGGUGGAGGAACUACAGGGCAUGAUAUUCCAAGUUUUUCAUCAUCUUGCCCUUGGAUGAGUGCAAUUCUAGUCUCUGACAGUGGACCAUUAACACCUUUGCUUUUAGGACUCGAUGAUAUUGGUAGGCUUCAUUUUGGUGGAAAAAUAUUAUGCAACAACUGUAGCAGUUUCUCACUUUAUUCAAAUUUGGCUGACCAAGUGAUCACACAUUUGAUUCUUGCAACUAAACAAGAUUUUCUCUUCAUUGUUGAUAUCAGUGAUAUACUGCAUGGAGAAAUAGAGUCAAAAUAUGAGAAUUUUGUUCACACUGGCAACAGAAGAAAAGAAGAAAAUAUGAACUUCAUACAUAUAUGGGAAAGAGGUGCCAAAAUUAUUGGCGUUCUGCAUGGUGAUGAAGCUGCUGUCAUAAUUCAAACAAUUCGGGGAAAUCUAGAAUGUAUUUAUCCCAGAAAACUGGUCUUGGCAUCAAUUGUCAACGCUUUGAUCCAAGGGAGGUUUAGAGAUGCACUACUCAUGGUUAGGCGGCAUAGAAUAGAUUUCAAUAUUAUUGUCGACCAUUGUGGUUGGCAAGCUUUUCUUCAGUCAGCCUCAGAAUUUGUCAAACAGGUUAACAAUUUGAGCUACAUAACUGAGUUUGUCUCUGCCAUAAAGAACGAAGACAUUAUGGAGAAACUGUACAAAACUUACAUCUCUUCACCUUGCCAUAAACGGGCUCAAAUUAUUCCAGCCCAAGAUGUCAAAUGUUUUGAUGCCAAUGACAAGGUUUCUUCUGUCCUUCUGGCCAUAAGAAAAGCUCUUGUAGAACAGGUCCCUGAAAGUCCUGCAAGAGAGCUCUGCAUUUUGACCACUCUAGCUCGUAGUGAUCCACCUGCUCUUGAAGAUGCUUUAGAGAGAAUCAAGGAGAUCCGUGAACUGGAAUUAUUAGGUUCUAAUGACCCUAGGAGAAUGUCAUAUCCUUCUGCUGAAGAAGCCUUGAAGCAUCUGUUGUGGUUAUCUGAUUCUGAGGCUGUAUUUGAAGCUGCCCUGGGCCUAUAUGAUUUGCACCUUGCAGCUAUAGUGGCACUAAACUCUCAACGAGAUCCAAAGGAGUUUCUUCCUUAUCUACAAGAACUGGAACUCAUGCCAAGUCUCAUAAUGCGCUACAAUAUUGACCUUAGGCUGCACAGGUUUGAGAAUGCUCUCAAACACAUAAUUUCAGCAGGAGAGGAUUAUUAUCUAGAUUGCAUGGAUCUCUUAAAGAAAAAUCCCCAGCUCUUUCCUAUGGGACUUCAGCUGAUCACUGAUCCGGACAAGAGACUGCAGGUCCUUGAGGCCUGGGGUGAUCAUCUUAAUGGUACAAAAUGCUUUGAAGAUGCUGCUACAACUUAUCUUUGUUCUUCAAAUUUGGAAAAGGCCUUGAAGGCAUAUCGUGCUUCUGGUAAUUGGAGUGGGGUGCUUACAGUUGCUGGGCUUCUUAAACUGGACAAGGAUGCUAUAACGCAACUUGCUCAUGAGCUCUGUGAAGAGCUCCAAGCGCUAGGUAAACCAGGGGAUGCUGCCAAGAUUGCUCUUGAGUAUUGUGGAGAUGUUAAUGGUGGGGUAAAUUUGUUAAUUAGCGCAAGAGACUGGGAGGAAGCUUUAAGAGUUGCUUUUAUGUACAUGCAAGAAGGUUUAAUCUCAGAGGUGAAGAAUGCAUCUUUAGAAAGUGCAAAAACUUUAAUUGGUGAAUAUGGAGAAGGCUUGGAGAAAGUAGGAAAGUACCUGACUCGCUACUUAGCUGUCAGACAAAGAAGGUUAUUGCUUGCUGCAAAGCUUCAGGCAGAAGAUCGGUCAGUGAAUGAUCUGGAUGAUGAUACUGCUUCAGAAGCGAGCAGUAAUUUCAGUGGAAUGAGUGCCUACACCACAGGCAGGACAAGGAAGGGCUCUGCUGCUUCAGUGAGCUCAAGUAUUGCUAGUAAGGCAAGAGAUGCCAGGCGUCAGAGGAAUAGAGGAAAAAUCCGCCCUGGCAGCCCUGGAGAGGAGAUAGCUCUGGUGGAGCAUUUGAAAGGCAUGUCUCUAACAGAUGGAGCAAAGCGUGAGCUUAAAUCUUUAUUGACUGCCCUUGUGAUGCUUGGUGAAGAGGACAUUGCAAGAAAGCUGCAACGUGCUGGAGAGACUUUUCAACUAUCUCAAAUGGCAGCAGUCAAACUAGCUGAAGAUACAUCAUCUACUGAUAGCUUAAAUGAUCAGACACACAAUCUGGAGCAUUACGUACAGAAAACACGAGCUGAUCCACAAACUUCAGAGGUUUUAUCUUGGCGGCCUAAAGUGUUUGUUUCUCCUUAAAAAGGUUAGUUAAUCGUGGACCAGGUCUCAACCCGCUUCCAUCACAUGUGGCUGAGGCAUGUAGUUGAUGGAUUGCACCAAAGCAGGCACAUUACACCUGCAGGCUUCUUCUUAUGCCUGAGCUAUUAUUAGGAUAGUAAAUGAACUAAAACAUUGGAUAUAUGACAAAGCAUGUCUACCAUGCUUCCCCAUUUGAUCCAUACAACAUUUUAUGCAGUGUCCUGUAAACCGUUGCUGAUGUCUAUGCUGUCUUAUAUAAUUCAUUACAUAUCGAUGACUUGCAUAUAAAUGCUUUUAUCUGUUUGCAGUAGGGUUCAAAAUGCUGUUACUACGUGCUUGCUGCAGAAGCAUUUUGUAAUCAUCAAGAAGUUUUAUUUUCAAGAACUCGAGUUAAAUUAGCAAGUGAGAAAGUAGGAUUCUUUUGGUGGAAGCUCUUCAAAUCUUUUUCAUUAUGUAGCUUAUGUAUCAACUGAUCCACAUGCUCCUCUGCACAGCAGCAGAAGUGAGGAUUGUUUUUUGAUGUAUUACUUCCUUUUUCACCAUUUCCCUGUAUCUCUUUUUGGAAUCUAAAUUUUAUGAGCACCCCUUUACAUUCGCAACUGCUACUGUUCUGGGUGAUUAUUGUUAA